GAGAAGGUGGUGGAGAGAGAGGGGGAAGGAGUAAGAAUGGCGGCCGUGCAGUGCACCAGAUGCACGGCAGAAAGGAAAGGGUUUCGGCGGGAACUUGAUACUUGGCGGCACCGCUUGAUACACUGCGUUGGGUUAGAAAGUAUCCUAGAGGGAAUCUAUGGCCCGCUGCUGUUGAGAGACCUCCAUUUAUUUAAUGACUGUGAACCUGAAGAGGUGGACGACUGGUCCCCAGAAUCAAGCCGCUCCUUUUGUUCGUUCUGUAAUCUUUCACUGGACAAACUUACUGAUCAAGCACCUGCCGCCACGUCGCCUCUCUCCUCCCCCUCCGAUUACUCUCCAUGUCAGACCUCAACCAUCUCUGAGAGCAACCAGUCAGCGCACAAAUUCCUUCAAGCUGUCUUUCACAAGAAAGAUGUGACCCUGGACUGUGAUUCGAACAUCCCUCUGGUUGCUCAGGAGCUGAUGAAGAAGAUGAUACGUCAAUUUGCUGUGGAGUAUGCGUCCAAGUGCCUACUCCGCACCGGCACAAAUGGUACAAACGGUGUCACAAGCCCCUCAUCGCCAGUUUCUGAGACAUCCGAUGGCCCUUUGGACCUCACAGUGAGCCGAGCGGUGGAGGAGAUACAAUCUGAACCAGAUGGCGUACUGGAUCUCUCAAACCGUAACUCUUCAAGCUCCUCAACUUUAUCAUCCUCCAGUCAGAAAGCUACAGGUUUCAGGCUGCCAUUGGUUACAGAAGAACAAGGAGGAGUAGGACAGCGAGGGACUAAGACUUCUGCAUUGGAUGCUGUUCUACAUUCUCUUUGUCCAGCACACCGAUCUUUACUCUACCAAAUUCUGAAACUUGCCCAACAGGAAAACUUGCUUUUGUUUCUCAAUCGUAAGCCUGUUGAUUCGACAGAAUCCCUCUGCAGUCACUGUAGUGCAAACUCACAGGAACACAUUACAUGCCAUUCAGUCCUUUUUGUUGAAUGUAAGGCCCAUAACCGCAGUAUCUGCUGCCCUUCAGCUGACUGUAAUCAUCGAAGCCAUUGCAAUCUCAGUUAUCAUCCGGUGGACUCAAAUUCUAGCUGUAGCAUCCAGCAACGACCUUUCAAAGACUCUAACAUUGAUGAUCAACGAGGCCCAAAUUGCGGCUGUGUGGAGAGUUGCAGGUUGGACACUUGUUCUCCUCUAUGCUCCAAGAGGCUACACUGCAAUGCCUGCCAGAAUCUGGCAGCAGGAUGCAUAAAUAACACAGUGAGUUCAUUUAAAUCCUCUCCUAUGUUCUCACAGACUUCACUAUGUCCUUCCUCUUCUAGAUUGUGCUCUGUGUGUUAUGAGAAAACCAGCUCUGGCUCCUGUUGUUCGCAACAUGCAUAUUCAACACAAGUCGGAAAUAUUGGAGAUGAGGAUCAUUUUACCACACAGAACAGGGGGCUGAGUCCUUCUCCUCCUCGUCUUUCUCCUAUACCGUCAGAUAUCGGCAAGAAACCCAAUGAAAAGCCACCGUCUCUGUUUCACCACAGACAUGGAGAGGAAACUGACCUAGGAAAUAAAAAUAGACUUGUGAGUUCAAAUCACGCGACAGCAGGUGUGGAUACAGAAAAUAAGCUCCCGUGUAAGAUGCCAGACACCAAAAUGGAACAGAACACAAAUGGGACUUUACUGCAAGACGUUAUGAGUCGUUUCAGUCAGAAAUUGGAUAACAUCACACCUGUGGAAAAUGACCCUACUCUGGUUUCAACCGCUAUCUAUGUUUCUGAGAAGGAACAACAAUUUCCCUCCACCAGUCAGAACCUGCCGUUUCAUGCCGACUCCCAUUUGACUGAAAUCAUCACUACAGUGCUCCACACAGGCAACGCUAGUGACUACAAUCUUAGUGAGCUGUUUACACGCCAUGAUGACAGAGAGCCUAAGUCACCUAAUACCCGUGCCCGGUGUCGCCAAAAAAUUCAGAUUGCUAUAGCAACCCCCACUGACAAUGCUUCUGCCAGAAGGCAUACCUUGGAAAUAAAACGGAAGCUUGCCAUGCUCGAUCCAUCCUACAAAAGGAGAAAGGUGCCUCAAGCGAAGAAAGCAAGACUGAAAGAUGGAGGGAGUUCUAUAACUGCAUCAGGAACUUCAACAGAUCCAAAUAUAACUAAAGAGAUGUCUAAAAAAGAGGCACAAGUAGUCUUAGAACCUGCAGAGGAUAUGAUCACGGAAGUAAUAUUAAGUACGCUCUCCGCAGAAAGUCAAAGGGAAGGUGAUCAGGAAAAGGUAGAGGCGGUUGUAGUUACAGAAGAGUUACUUGUAAAUGGGGAGCAGGGGGGACUAUCGCAUAAGCAUAACAAUGUUGCUAAUGUUCAGCACACAUCUGAGCAGCAAAAAACAACUAGAAAGCGAGGUCCAAAAGGAGACUAUGUUGAACUAGAAAUGGCUGCCUGUUCUGCCAAGACAGCCCCAGGUCCCUGUAAAGAGGGUUGUACGGGUAACAGUGUGUCAACUAAUGGGAGUCAUGGAGCAUCCCCAUUAGGUCAAAACUCUGGCACAGAAAACAUACCAGAAAAGGCGUCCCUUAGUACUGUUAAAGAUGGCUGUAGAUAUCAGUCUAACCAGUCCAUUGAAAAAAGGAGAUCAAUGAGAAAUAUAGUCCCUCCGCAGCGGUUUAACUCCUAUGUCACGUGGCAUGCACCAAUACUUAAUGUCUUCAAUAAAGAUGGAGACACUGAUGACACUCAAUCUGAAUGUGAACCUGCAGGAAAACUUGCCUUUCAAAUAACACAAAGAGAACCAUCUAACACAGAACCUAAAGAUCAGACACAUUCCUUUGUUCCAACUAUGGUUACGAAAGACGAGAGUUCUGAUGAGCACCGUAAAAAAAUAGGUACAAAUGGUAGUGACAGUGGUACACAUAGAAGGUUACGAUCAACAACAACAAAACUACAGGAGUCAGAAUUUUCCCAAAGCCCAUUAAAUAAUGGCACCAAAAUUCAACCUGCCUAUCCUGCUAGCUUUCCAGCCCCCCAAGGUGAAUACAUUAGUCCAAUCAAGCUGAUGUUUGUAUCACAAGUGAAGGACAAAGAAGGAGUUAAAUAUAGUCUAAAGUCCGCAAGGUCUGGGUUUAGUACAGCAGAAGUAUCUUUUGACCCCUGUGAAGAGUCUUCAUGGUCGGGAAUGCCUCAGAAACAUAAAAACCGGAGAAAAGAGGGUGCAGUAUCACUAGUAAAGCCAGUUCUAACAUCUUUAAAAUAUGUUGGCUCAUCUACAUUGCCUUCUUCAUCGCCUCCAAAAUCUGCAUCCUUAUCCACAAAACCUCUAAAGUCUACAUCUUCAAAGUCAGCAACUUCACAUUCUAAGUCUGCAUCUCCAUUGGCAUCUUCAUCAAGAAAGUCUGCAUGUUCACCUGCAAAGUCCACAUCUCCAUCACCAAAAUCCGCAUCUUCAUCGAAAAAGUCCAUAUCUUCACCUUCAGAGUCUGCAUCUCCACUGGCAUCUUCAUCAAGAAAGUCCACUUGGUCACCUGCAAAGUGCACAUCUCCAUCACCAAAAUCCGCAUCUUCAUCAAAGUCCAUUUCUUCACCUGCAAAGUCAGCAUCUUCACCGAGGUCGGUCUCUUUGUCACCUAAAAAUAGCUCAAGAAGAUCAAGCAUCAGUACUCCAACAAAGCGCUUAUCUGAACCCGAAAGCCAUCGAUCACCUGGUGACUUGCCAUGUGAAACAACCCCUCCAAAAAGACGCCCAGGUCGACCUAAGAAGUUGGGACCUCAGCCAGAGCAAAAAGUGAAGAGGCCCAUUGGUCGUCCACCUAAACAGAAAACUGAAGGAGCUGUAGGAGAGUCCAAGUCACUGAAUGGAAAUGGGAUUCCUGAACAAAAUGACGACAGUAUUGUCAAGAAUCUCAAAAUAACAGUUUUGUAUGGCCGUUCCAGGAAAAACAAAAGAGUGGUGUCAGAAGGGUGCAACCUGAUUUCUACCAAUUUUGGUGGUGAUUGCCAUGCAGUGGAAGUCAGAAGGAACUUGGCCACUUUAUUACAUAGUUCUAGUCAAAUUAAAACAGCCUUAGAAGAAUUAAAUUUUGUUGGCCCUGCUAAAGAGUUUGCGUCUCAGUCUGGCAGCAACAUCAAAUGUCAGAAGAAGGCUAAAGCUGCACCCAUGAGAAAACCAGGAAGACCUGCAAAAGUUAAAAUCUCUGGGAUCUCAGUCACUGUUAAAACAGCAUCACCUUGGCAACGCAAAAUUAUGAUGAAUAAAGAUACUACUCCACACUCGUCUGAAACGCAGCUUUCUAAGAAAUCACUUCUACCAGAUUUCAAAUCUGCUGGAGAGCCUUGUACCAUCAGCUAUCAGACAACAACCAGAAGUAAUCAAACUAAGGAGGUAAUGGAAACGACGACUAACAAUAGAAGUGAACUACCUAGUCAGCCAAUUGCAGUGCGACACUCAAUAAGGGACAGAAAACCCUCAGUACACUUUCUCCAUGCUGUUGCCACCUCCAGUUCUAGAUCAUAUAGUUGCAGUAGCGCUUUGCUACGGCGCUCCAAAAAGCUUCUGCUGAAUAAGGUGAGCAGUGAACGGAAACAGGAACAACUAGGUAGUGUUGGGAUUUUAGGGGAGAAAAGACAGCUUUGUGGACAAAAAAAAGAAAGUGUCGCUCAAGAUUUGAGCCGAGUAGCAAAGGUAUCGUUAGAUUCAAUAUUUCACCCAAAAGAAACUGUACGUUGGUGGAUAUCAUCAGCUGAAGAGGAGACUGUGAACCAGGAGCUUGCCAGGAGAAUCCGAGUCAUCUCUGACACCUGGGUCUCAGACAUGGCCAACAACCAAGGCAAAGAAACUUCCUUUAGCAAGAAAAUCGAUACUAAAGGGAACAACUCUCUAACCAGAAAAGCAAAACAAUCAUCUGCUGUCCAAACAUUGUUUGAAUGUUCGCCUAAUAAACCAAGGUCUUGUAGCAUGCAGCAGAUAUGCUCCUGGUUCAUGCAGACCACGGAGACACAAUCUCUGGCUAUUGUCAAAAAGGCGAGCUCCCGUAAUCCCUACGAAGUUAUGCACUUCUCUCGUUCUGCCAUUAAACAAAGCAUUGGCUACAGUCCUCAGGCAGAGCGACUUCGCAAACACAUGAAGAAGUUUGCCAAGACUGUGCCAAAAAGUCCUCUGCAGCAUCGGCAGGCUCAGAUGCGGCUGAGGAAGAAAAAUGCUUGUAAGGUUAGGCGACACCUUUUUGUUUCUAGAUUUUCAGUGAGAAGGCGCAAUCACCGAGUCAUGUGGUGGAGGUGCACCUUGUCGGGUAGAUUUUGGGCCACCCUGAUUAGAGCAAGAACACGAUUCCUAACCAGGAAACAAAGGGAGAGUCGGCAAAAGAAGCAGAAACACAAGAUCAACAACAGAGGACACAAAGGUUACUCAAAUUGGCCUUUAGCAACUGGAUUAAAAUCAAACCGUAAAGCAUUGCACAGAUCAGCAAAGGCUCCGUUUUCAAACUGUGUUAGUAACUUUCCCAGCACUCCUGGCAACCAAACUCAGGAGCACGGGGAUGAACAGAAAGAGCAGAACCUCUGUUCCAAAGCUUGGAGUCCUGAGACCCUGAAGGAAUGCCGCGUGUUUCUCAGGAAGAUUAACUCUCCAAGCAACAAGUUGACUGGGGAAUGGGACUCCUGUACUGUGACACUGGAUGAUGGGUUGCGUUCUACAUGCCUCUUUGCUGGAGAAAAGAGGGAACUGGAAGGAGUUGUUAAAGCUGUGAAAAGAAAAAGAAGUAUGAACAAAAAGACUGCUGCAAGAGUGCCGUCAAGUCCUGGACCUAAAUCAGCCCACAACCAGAAUGUGGCUGAAGUGGAGAGGCAGAGGCGUAAACACAAACACCCUGGAGUUGUGUCCCCUGAGUUACCACAACAACCACCAGCAAAAAUGUUGAGACAAUCGCGAAUGAGGGGCCUGAGUGGGCCGAGGUGGCGCGACUUUGUGUUUGAUAACUGAAUCAAAUGACCUCCUCUCCAUUGGUAAGGGACUGUGGUUUAAUGUGGGGCCUUUGGAUAUUAAGCUUACCACACAGGCGGACCGUCCCACAGCGGUCCAGUCUAACACUCAGCAGUUAUGUAGCAGUCUAAUUUAAGAGCUUGAUGUUGCACUAUUUUUACCCAUGUUCUUUGUUUUAGUCAUCUUGCCUUUCUUUGUCUUUCUAUGAAUAGAGAAACAAUUCAUUACGUCAAGGAGUUUUGUUAAAAUUUCCACAUUAGAAGGAAAGAUGAAGCAUUAAUACUUUUUCCAUCUCUCCCAGAAAACACCUCCUUCAGCACGUCUGAAAAAGAAAACUAUCUGUAAAUUUGACUAUUUGAGAUCCCUCCUGCUCCACACCUAACGUAGAUUUUAUAUUUAUCUCAUUUUAGCACUCUUUAUUUCGUAAUUUAUUUAUAUUAAAGUUAAUGUUAGGAACUCUGAAAUUGUUUUUAGGCCUUCGCCCAAACGGACCCCUUUAGUUUUCGUUCAUUGCUACCAAGCUGCCAAAAACACAUUUUAAUGAAGGAAUCAAGUAUAUCUCUGCCACCUUAACUCAAAUUUAUCACCCUAGUUUUGCCAGUGUGUCUUAACGGCAGUGAUUUUACAGCUUUUUUGGUUUGGAUUUAAAUAUAAACAUUUAUCAAUUCUUAAAGCCAAAUUCCAUGUUUUUAUCCAGCACCCCAAAUGAGAGGGUUGUAAUGUAAAGUGACAAAGUAUUGUGUUGUAGAGGAUAGAUUUUGUUGUUCGUUUGAGGGAAUCUGUUAGGUUUUCCAUGUGAAUGUUUCAUUCUCGCACACAGAAUUAACGUUGCCGCUUUCAGAUGCUUCUUGCACUAUUCCAUGUGAGAUUAUUACCCCACUACAGAUUACCCCUCCAGUAUUUGCACAUCCCAUGUCCCACUACUUCUCCUGGUGCAAUACAAACUCUGAUGAUUUACCAUUACGUAGACAUUAUUUUAUUGACUGACAAAUGGAUGUACCAGUGGCCUUGGAUGUUGCUUUGCCUGUUUCCAUCCCUAUGCUGGGAUUUUAAUCCAUUAAGACCCAAGCGCACUGAAGCAACACUUCUCAAAGAAACAUAAAUAAUCCCAACUUAAUCAUAGCAUUAGUAUUGUUUUUUAUUCCAUUAGCAUUAUUUACAUCACACACAGGUGGGCGACAUGUUGCAGUUUUUAUUUUAUAUAUACAUAUAUAAGUUGCAGCAAAAUACCUACCUCCACCAGGAAUCCGCUAAGCUUACUGCUGAUCAUCAGCUUAUCUGCCAUGGACCAGGCCAGAGGUAAUCCAAUAAACACUAAUCUUUCAUCGGUAGGUUUUCAUUUUGUUUGUACAAGCAGAUUCAAUUCAUGAUUCUUUAGGUCAAACUAGUGUUUGUUACAUAUUCAUGUUCGGAGAUGGAAAGUUCAAACUUGUGUUAAACAUCCAUCAACCCAGUUUGUUGAAGAACUUUAUGCUCUGUUGGAUAGUUUUUUUUUAAUGGUGUUUUUAUACUGUCCAUUACAGAACCAACAAACCCAUGUCUGUACCUGGAUCAAUAAAAUCUUUUCAAAUAA